GAAGCUCAACUCCAUCUGGACCCUCCAGAACAUGGCCAUUCUCAUCACUGUGGUGGUGUUUGUGGUUGUGGUCAUCAUGUGGUCUCUCCUGUGGGUGUUCAUAUUUCGCAGAGAGAGCAACAGUGGAGUUUAUUUUGCUGGAAUGUUCCGAGUUGCCAAUGUAGAGUUCAUCCCAGAGUACCGGCAAGCAGACUCUCAUGAGUUUGUGUCCAUGGCAACCAGGAUACAACAUGUUCUCAGCGAUGUGUACAAAACAUCAUCAGUAUCCAGACUCUACAGACAGACUGUUAUAUCAGAUCUGAGUACGGACAACAAAGGCGGGGUGCUGGUGCAUUUCUGGAUGGUGUUCGUGGUGCCCCACCUGAAGUCCUCCACGAUGUGCGAGGAGUGUGUGGGCGCCAUCCUCCGGGACUCCGUCCUCACCAGCCUCAAGAACCGCUCCUCCAUCGGCUUCCUGCUCGGACUCCCCGUGGACAUCGACUCCAUCCUGGUAAACGCCUCCCAGUGUGCGGAUAAGAUGUACGCCAUCCUGCCCGAGGUGCUGGUGCCCCUGAAGGUGUUCUCCUCCUGGGGGGGCGUGAGCUGUCACAUGAAGCUGACCUCUGCCCCAGGGACCCUCAUCCGUCUCACCAUCAAGUCCUUCCACAUCGAGCCCAGCGACUGCGUGAGUGACUCGCUCACCGUCUACGACGCCCUGCUGCCCAUGAGGGGAAGGAUUCUUCACCGGGAGUGCGAGUCGGUGUCCCACUCUGUGUCCAUGGUGUCCACCUCCAAUUCCAUGCUGCUCUUCUUCAAAAUGACUCAGGGCACUAAGAGCUUCUUUGGUCACUUUGAAGCCAUCAAUGAACAAAAGUGUCUACAUGUGAUAAAGACCUCUGUGGAUGCCGGCCCCAGCGGGCAUGUAACCAGUCCAUUCUACCCCAGCCUCCUGCCCCCACAGUGCUCCUGCACGUGGAGGUUUCAGGCCCCUCGUGCUGGUCUUGGGGUGGCCCUAACAUUCCAGAACUACAUAUUGAAACUUAAAGACCUGAAUGCUUGUGAACAUGGCUGGUGGAAAGUCAAUCAAAUAAUAUACUGUGGAAGGUACAUCGGUCACUCUACAGUCUUCCGCAUACCUGACCGGAAUCCAGAGGUGGUGUUCCGCUGCAGCUCUCGGACCUCCGAUUUGCCCUUUAAGGCCACCUACAGCAGCUUCAACAUCAGCCAACCCUGUCCUGAUGGACACUUUCUCUGCUCCACUGGCCUCUGUGUGGACAAGAGCCGACGCUGUGAUGGGAUGGACGACUGUGAGGACGAGAGCGAUGAAGUCUUCUGCUCGAGUCCCACUAAGAACUGUGGAGGCGUCAGCCCUCUGCACCCCAUCUAUGUGUGUAACGGUCAGAGUGACUGCUCAAAUGGACGAGAUGAAACCAACUGCACUAGAGAGACACGCUGCUCGGACAUCAGCUACAGGUGUGCCAGUGGCACCUGCAUCCUGAAGAGGAACGCCAGGUGUGAUGGAGUCCCCGACUGCCAAGACCUCAGUGAUGAAAAGGACUGUGCAUGUGGUCAGCCACCUCUGGUGAAGAGAGUGGCAGACACAGCAUCCAAUCCCACUGACAUGGGUGGAGUCUCAGGACAAGAUCGCCCAAUGGGCCGUGUGGUAGGAGGUGUCAAUGCGUUGGAGGGGGAGUGGCCAUGGCAGGUUAGCCUCCACUUCUCUGGUCACCUGUACUGUGGAGCGUCCGUCAUCUCCUCCGAUUGGUUACUGUCAGCGGCGCACUGCUUCAGCAGAGACAGACUCUCUGACCCGCGCCAGUGGGCAGCCCACAUGGGCAUGCUGACCCAGGGCAGUGCCCGGCACGUGGCGGACGUGCGUCGCAUCGUGGUGCACGAGUACUACAACGCGCGCAACUUCGACUAUGACAUCGCCCUGCUGCAGCUGCGCAAGCCGUGGCCCCCGUCGCUCGGCAACCUCAUCCAGCCCGCCUGCCUGCCCGCCCCCUCGCAAGCGGUCACCGAGCAACAGCGCUGCUGGGUCACUGGCUGGGGCUAUCGCUCUGAGGAAGAUAAAGUGUUGCCGGCCGUGCUGCAGAAGGCCGAGGUUGGCAUCCUGAGCCAGAGCGAGUGCAAGCGCAGGUACGGCCCGGUGUCGCCGCGGAUGCUGUGUGCCGGCGUGCCUUCUGGAGAACAGGACGCCUGCAGGGGGGACUCUGGAGGUCCGCUGGUGUGCCGCUCCCAGGCCGGGGGCCGCUGGUUCCUGACCGGGAUCGUGAGCUGGGGUGCGGGCUGUGGCCGGCCCAACCUCCCCGGCGUCUACACUAGGGUGGCCAAGUUCACCGAGUGGAUCCAGAAUCACAUACACUGAUCUCACAGUCGCAGACAUGUCAACCAAUCGGCCAAUCAGAGUUCGCCACUGACUCUACACCCCUCCAAAAUGUCCUCCGCUGAUAAUGUAUGGUCAUUAUGCUCUUAAAAGCACCUGCUCAUGUAUCUCUGCCUCCUGUUCAGCAGCAAA